CAAUUUUCCUGUCGCGACUGAAUAAAACCUGCAAUUACUGCAUGGAAACACCAAAAGCCCAUUGUUACACAUUCCUCUUGUCUGUCGAGGAAUGCAGCACAUUUAGACUCCGGAAAUCCAAAGAAAAUGACAAAUAAACAAUAAUGAUAGCUGCUGGAGAAAAUACUCUUAUUUUUAAGUAUCGCUUGCAAGCAAGCUGAAGGGACCCAUUUCCCUCUCCGGGCUCCGGACAUCGGCGAUAGUGGAGCGGGACGUCGGUGUGAGAGGCACCGGGAGCGCGGCGGUGUCGGUUUCCAUACCUGAACUGGUGGCAGACAGCAUGGCUGCGGGCAAAGGAGCUCCCAAAGGCGCGUCGCUGUGGGACAACAUGCGGCUGCGAUUCAUCGUGUGUUUCCUGGGCGUCUUUGUGUGUUAUUUUUAUUACGGGAUUCUACAAGAAACCAUCACUCGAGGGGAGUACGGCCAGGGAGACCAGAAGGAGAAGUUUAGAUUCGCCUGGACGUUGGUGUUCAUCCAGUGCAUCAUCAACGCUGUCUUUGCCAGGAUCUUGAUUCAGUUUUUCGAGGGGUCCAAGCCGGAUGCCACCAGGAGUUGGCUGUACGGCCUGUGCUCGCUCUCCUACCUGGGAGCCAUGGUGUCCAGUAACUCCGCCCUCCAGUAUGUCAACUACCCCACACAGGUGCUGGGGAAAUCCUGCAAGCCCAUUCCAGUUAUGAUCCUGGGCGUGACCAUCCUGAGGAAGCGGUACCCGAUGGCCAAGUACUUGUGUGUGCUCCUGAUCGUGAGCGGCGUGGCGCUCUUCCUCUACAAGCCCAACAAGAGCUCCGGCCUGGCAGACGACCACUUUUUUGGAUUCGGGGAAAUGCUUUUGCUGGCUUCGUUGACGCUGGACGGCUUGACGGGCGUGGCCCAGGACCACAUGAGGUCUCGCUUUCAAACGAGCGCCAACCAUAUGAUGCUCAACAUCAACCUGUGGUCCACUUUGGUGCUGGGACUAGUCGUGCUGUGGACAGGCGAAGUGUGGGAGUUCCUGAGCUUCACUGAACGCUACCCAGGCAUCUUGUACAACAUUCUUCUCUUCGGGUUGACCAGCGCUUUGGGCCAGACGUUCAUCUUCAUGACGGUGGUGUACUUCGGACCGCUGACCUGCUCCAUCGUCACGACCACGCGCAAGUUCUUCACCAUCCUGGGCUCCGUCAUUCUUUUUGGGAACGUCAUGAGCAGCAUGCAGUGGUUCGGGACCAUUCUGGUGUUCCUUGGUCUCGGAUUGGAUGCUAAAUUUGGCAAAGGCCCCAAGAAGACUGCACGUUAAAACAUCUGCAGCACAGGAGAGACAAACAGUUCCAGCCGUGCGCAGGGAAACGGUCUAAAGCCAGUACCUUAUUUACCAUUGCAGCCCUUUUAGGACUGUCGGCUGCGGCUCCAAUUACCUCAUUUUUAAUAAAAAAACAAAGAAAGUCCUUGCCAGUCAUGUUCGGCGUCAACCUGCUUUGGGAUCAUAUCUUCAGUGAAUGGCAUCAUAUUCGACAGACGUCCAUAUGUUUUCCACAAGCUGGCCGUGAAGGACAAAAUCCCGGCAUUUAACUUGUAUACUCCCCACAAUGUAAACCACGUUGCUUGCAAAUGUCUCAUCACAUGUAGUGCAAAUGAUUGUCAUUUAUAAAAUACAGUACAACGGCUUUACAUUUUUUUGUUUGUUUUAAUGUUUUUUUAAUUUAAUUUCUACACAUUGUAUUAAAGGGAAAUUAUCAUGCUUCCUUCUUUCUCAUUGGGCUGGGGAACUGAACAUUUAAACGUAUGAAACAUAAGAACCAAUGAAAA